AUGAAAGAGGACAACAGCAGAGAAAGACUUGGACUGAGCUUCACUAUUGACUAUCUUCUCUUCAACAAAGGAGUCAAAGGGUCUGAAGAAGAGCCACCGGGACGUCCCACCAUAGAACAAGCAACGCUGAACAAUCUGUCAACUCAUCAAAAUCCCAAACCCAAAGAGGUAAGGACGAGUGGACAAAAUGAGAUGAUUCAAAGUUCUGAUCUUGAGAUUGUAAAAAGAAACACCAAAGAAGAAAACAACACCAAAGAAGAAGAAGAGGAGGAGCUGGCCACAACCACCUCAAGUUACUCACAAAACAAGUCUGAAGAAAAGCCUAAUCAAUCCUAUAUUGCACUCAUAUCAAAUGCAAUUCUGGCAUCUGAACAAAAGAAACUCCUUCUAUGUGACAUCUACCAGUGGAUCAUGGACCAUUACCCCUACUUCAAAAGCAAGGACAAAAACUGGAGGAACAGCGUGCGUCACAACUUGUCCCUGAAUGACUGUUUCAUCAAAGCUGGCCGCAGCGACAAUGGCAAAGGUCACUUCUGGGCCAUCCAUCCAUCUAACUACCACGACUUCUCUAAGGGAAACUACCAGUGCAGGCGGGCCAGGCGAAGGGUGCGGAGACUGGAGGGACAGGUGCCUCUUAGCGCACCCUACCAUCAUCUGUUUGGACCACGCCGACCAGUUUGUUGGUGCUGCCCACAAAGUCGCACUGUUACCUGUUUGCCCACCAGACUUUAUUGGCCCUGGCCCCAUUUGCUGCCUCAAGUUGGGAUGUACCCACUUGUCCACACUUCUACAUCAUAA